UGAAGAUUACACAGUUGGGUUAGACGUUUAUGCCAAAUGCCAAGGAUUCCCGGGGUCACAUCCCGCCAAAAUUUUAAAGAUCGGUGAUGACAGAAGAGAACUACACAAUGAAAUGGAUCUGCUUAGGACAACACCUAGAUUGUGUUCCACUGAAGAAGAAACUUGUUUUAGCUUUGAGCAAUAUUGUAAAUUUUCUAUUCAUUUUUCUAAAACAUUUUACAGCAUGCCUCAGGAAAAAUCAGCUGAAAAGCAGCUUCAGGGUAAAGAUAGGAAUAAGAAGCAGAAAGUUGAAAAAGCAAAUAAGAAGAAAAUGGAAGAAGUCAAUCCGAUUGAUAAGAAAAAGGCACAGGAAGAAAUGAGAAAAAAGAAAUUUGAAGAGAAAAAAAAUGAGGCAAUUCUGAAGAAAAAAGCCAGGACAGGACUAAAUACCAAAGUUUUGCGAGAGUUGAAUAUUGACUUCAAUAGAAUUCAAAACGAGAACAAAGACACUGAGGAAGACUUACUACCUCUACUACCUCUUCAGGACAUUGACUUUACACAGUUAGCUGAUGACUCUGAUCAUGAGGAGGAUGCUCUCGAUGCUGAAUUGAUUGCUUUAACGGACCUGCCAGUUCAACAAGUGAAUGCUAAAGGGCACAAUACUGUGGCUCAAAGAGCCCCACGAAACCGAGCACUGGAGGUGAAAUAUGCUGAAGCAAUUAAAGAAAAUGGCAUUCUAAAAUGCAAACUUUCAGAGGCUUACAAAGAGUUGGAGGAGUUGAAAUUGAAAAGCCAGAAUAUGUCAAAAGAAAAUAAUGAGGAUUACACCAUGCCAAAGCCCGGUAAACUUUCGAGUGAUGUGGCAAAAAGAUACAAGAUGGUUGAACUAACACCUGGAUCAGGUGUGUACCUCUAUCAAGAUGAUAUUGACCACGUACAAAAAGUGCGAGACCCUUCUGCCCAAGGAACAGCUGCCUAUGGUAAAUGGAUGGCAAAACUCCUCAUGAAUAUAUUCUUCACCAAGAAAGACUUUCCUGAUUGCAAGCUGUCUCCCAAUGCUAAAGGCCAUCUACUGCUAGAUGAAACCAUAACAAGUGCAUUUAUCAAUUUUUCAGCGCAGAAGUCAUGUGCCACAAAAGGGGCUAUUCGUCAAGCAAUGGCUGCAAAAUUAUCAUCUGCAAGAGCUAAGAGCAAGAAAGUUGUGCAGCAUGUAGAGUAG